GAAAAAUACCGGACGCGUAAGUUAAUCCAUCUCGCCUCCCCUUCCCUUCCUUUCUAUCGCUGCCCCGUGAAUCGGCACCCUCCAAGCAAGUCCAGGCCUCCCGUGCUCCACUGGCGCUCUUCUGGAACCCUCAUCACCUCCUAAUCCCAGCCAAAAUUCGCUCUUCGUCUUAAGCCAAAUCACUUCGCGUCCCGCAAUUCCUGCUUGCGCCCCCCUGUUCGAUCCAGCGCCACCAAAUCCGUAUCGACCUUGUAGCUGUCCUGCCCAAUUCGGCGGACGAGCUGUGCGAGUUGCUGCCGAUUGAAGUGAUCUGAUCUGGUGGCGUGCCGCGGACGGGGCUUGUGACUGGUCCUGGUUUCGGAAGCGGCGAGGGCCAUGCGAGUUGGGGUGCCGCUGGGUUGAGCAUGAGGAGUGGUGGGGCUGCUGCUGCUGCAGGUGGUGGUGGUGGCGGCGUGCGUGGCCAGGGUGAUGGGAUCACCGGAGGGGCGAAUCGUUGAUUUGUUUGGAGCAGUUAAGUUGUGGAUGCCGCGGCGGGGAGAGCGCUCGCCGUCGCCUGCGCCGAAGGCUGCGGCUGCGGCUGCGGCUGAUGAUGUGCCGCAGCCGCAUGACCUGUCCAGGGACUUCUGGAUGCCGGAUCACAGUUGCCGGGUGUGCUACGACUGCGAUACGCAGUUCACCAUACUGAAUCGGCGUCACCACUGCCGCCACUGCGGCCGCGUGUUCUGCGCCCGCUGCACGGCCAACUCUGUGCCGCGCCCGCCCGGGGACGACCCGCGGGAGGACGGCGAGCGGAUCAGGGUCUGCAACUACUGCUUUAAGCGCUGGCUGGAGGAGGAAACAGCCGGGUGGAGCGAAGUGGCGCAGCCACCGAGCCCGUCGCCGUCGGCCGCGAGCGUCGGGAGCGACAAGUCGUGCUCGACGGGACGUAGCAGCGUGGUGACGAACGGCCAUAUGUCGUCGUAUGCCAAUGUCAGCUGCGGUGACUUUGCAUCUCUGCCCGCCGACGACGAGGGAGACUGUGACCAGCCCGGAGUUUCUCCAGAGAAGAAGCAUGAUGUGAUGGAGCCGGCUGGGAGCGUGGACCAUGUGGCUGAUGUGGAUAAUGCGUCCAAUCCAUUCACCUUUUGCUUGAAUAGGAGUGAUGAUGAAGAUGAAGAUUACACAAUUUUUCGCUCUGAUUCGAAAGUCCACCCACAAAAAUCUGAUGAAUACUAUGGACCUAUGUGUUUUGAUGACCAUCAAGUUGUCUGUGGUGAUGCUGCAAAAGAAUCUGUAUCCCCAAGGAAAGAUACAUCGACCUUAGUUGAUUCUGUUGGAGUUGAUAAGACUGGAGAUCAUAUCAUCGAUAAUAAUGAGGAGGGCAAUGCUCGAUCUUCUUCCUUGUAUGGCAUGGAAGUGCUAGAAAGUGAACUUGUGGAUUUUGAAAACAAUAGCUCACUUUGGCUACCUCCUGAAGCUGAGGAUGAAGAGGAUGACCAUGAUGGUGCUCUAUGUGAUGAUGAUGAGGGGGAGGAUGCCACAGGAGAGUGGGGGUAUAUGCGCUCAAACAGCUUUGGCAGUGGACAUUGUCGAAGUAGAGAUAAAUCUGCUGAGGAACACAAGAAAGCCAUGAAAGACAUUGUUGAUGGGUAUUUCCGGGCAUUGGUUUCUCAACUUCUUCAGGCUGAAAAGGUACCAUUGGUUGAUGAAACUGGCAAAGAGAGUUGGCUAGAUAUUGUUACAUCUUUGUCUUGGGAAGCUGCAUCUCUUCUGAAACCAGAUACUAGCAAAGGAGGACGGAUGGACCCUGGUGGCUAUGUCAAGGUUAAAUGCUUGGCUUGUGGGCGUCCAAGUGACAGCUUGGUUGUAAGAGGAGUUGUUUGUAAGAAGAAUGUUGCUCAUCGGCGUAUGUCAUCAAAGAAGGAAAAGCCACGAAUCCUAAUUCUUGGUGGUGCACUUGAAUAUCAGCGUGUAUCGAACUUGCUUUCAAGUUUCGAUACUUUACUGCAGCAGGAAACAGAUUAUCUGAAAAUGGCAGUUGCAAAGAUCAAAGCGCACCAACCAAGUGUUGUAUUGGUAGAGAAAUCUGUAUCUCGUUAUGCUCAGGAUUUAUUUCUUGAGAAAAAUAUUUCACUUGUUCUGAAUAUCAAAAGACCACUUCUGGAAAGGAUAUCUCGUUGCACUGGUUCUCAUAUUGUUCCCUCAAUUGAUUAUUUGUCAUCCCAAAAACUUGGGAAUUGUGACUUAUUCCAUGUGGAGAAGUAUAUUGAAGAGCAUGGGACUGCUGGAGAAGGUGGGAAGAAAAUGCUGAAGACCCUUAUGUUUUUUGAAGGCUGCCCAAAGCCCUUGGGUUUUACAAUAUUGCUAAAAGGAGCUAAUGGUGAUGAGCUGAAAAAAGUGAAGCAUGUUGUGCAAUAUGGAGUCUUUGCAGCCUAUCACUUGGCUCUUGAAACAUCAUUUCUUGUUGAUGAAGGUGCAACCCUCCCAGAACUCCCUCUCAAGUCACCAAUUAUUGUUGCUUUGCCGGAUAAACCUUCCAGUGCUGAUAGAUCCAUUUCGACAAUACCUAUUUUACAAAUGCCUACUGCUUCAUCACCCAACAAUGAUCUGCAAGCACUUAAUACGCAAAAGGAUAAUUUUCCAUUUAAUGGUUUUAGAAUAAUGGACCAAACGGCAGCAGCAUGCUCUCCUGAUAACAAAAGCUGUGAAAGGUCCAGAGUUAGUUCUAUCCAAACGUCAUCUGUUCAAAUCAAUAAAAAUGAAAACAACUGUUUGCUCGGUAUGGUCCCUCAAUCAUAUAUUGAUCCCUUGCUUCAGCAGUCAAGAAUUUCAUUUUGUCACUGCCCCACUUGCACUAGAGAUGUUGGCAGUGAAUUGAAGUUUGAAGAACUUCAGCCUGAAAGCACUAGACAUGCACUGGUUAAAGGUUUCGGUGUAUCGCCUGCUCCUCCUGCAAAUUUGGUAUCUGCUGAGCAUGAUUUUUCAUUUGCCCAUAACUCUGAGAAUGGUGUCAAGAUAUCAGAUAAGUCAUCUGCCCCCCUCGAAUUACAAACUUCUCAUGAUGAUGACAGUUCAAAGGAUUGUUCGAUUGUAAAAAAGGAUGAAGUUCCAGCAUCUCCUGUUGACAAUCAGAGUAUAUUAGUUUCUAUGUCCUCUCGCUGUGUUUGGAAAGAAGCUGUCUGUGAGCGGCCACACCUUCUUCGCAUAAAAUAUUAUAGCAACUCCGACAAACCUCUAGGCAGGUUUCUGCGUGACCAGCUAUUUGAUCAGACCAAUCGUUGUAUCUCUUGUGAACUGGCACCGGAUGCCCAUGUUUAUUGCUAUGUUCAUCCCCAAGGCAGCUUAACAAUAUCAGUGAGGAAACUUAUUGUAAAGUUACCUGGUGAACAUGAUGGUAGAAUCUGGAUGUGGCAUAGAUGCUUACGCUGUCCUCGCAAUGAUGGGCUCCCUCCAGCAACUAAAAGAGUAGUGAUGUCUGAUGCUGCCUGGGGCUUAUCUUUUGGUAAAUUUUUGGAACUUAGUUUUUCAAACCAUGCAGCAGCAAGUAGGGUAGCCAGCUGUGGUCAUUCUCUUCACAGGGACUGCCUUCGUUUUUAUGGCUUUGGUGAAAUGGUUGCUUGCUUCCGAUAUGCAUCUAUCAUGGUUCACUCAGUAUAUUUGCCACCAUCAAAACUUGAUUUCACUUCCCAGCAUCAAGAAUGGGUAGAGCAAGAAGCAAAUGAGGUGGUUGACUCAGCUGAACUCCUGUUCACUGAAGUGCUGAACGCGCUCCACCAAAUUUCAGAAAAAAGGCCAAUUACAGGCUCUUUGGAUGGCAACAUGAAGAUACUUGAGUUAAGAAGAAACAUAGUGGAGCUGGAAGAUAUCCUACAAGAAGAGAAGGCUGAUUUCACGGAGUCACUAAAAAAUUUACUGAAAAAGGAAAUCCGAAAGGGGCAGUUAUUCAUUGAUAUUCUUGAGGUUAACAAACUAAGGAGGCGGCUACUAUUUCUGUGUUACUUGUGGGAUCAACGGCUAAGCUUCAUAGCUACCUCAGGUGGCAAAUACUGCGAUGCUCUAGGAGGUCUACAAGUUGGAAGUAGGAAUUCUGAAAGCAGCGAUAGGCCAGCUGAUAUCAAUGCAAAGUUAGAAAAGAAUCCAAAGGUCACUGAACUUCUCUUGAAUGCUAAGAACGGAUCCUUGAGACAGAGCCUGAGCACACCUCAUGCUGACAGAGAGGAGCUCAACCAGCAUGAUCAAUCUAAUGAAACUAGCUUGAGAAAUAUUGCAGAGUUGAAUUGUACUGAAGAUACAGUAUUUAAGAUCAACCAUGCAAACAGCGCAAAUGUCAAGGAUCAUUUAGAUCAUCAAGAAUCUGGCAUUGGUGUUCGUAGGAUUUCUUCUGAAGGUCAGUUUCCAGUAACUGCUGAUAUUUCAGACACAUUGGAUGCAAAAUGGAGAGGUGAGAAUGGACCUGCUCCUGAUGCAAGCAUGGUGAAGCCUCUAGCUCUGCCUGGAGGUACAGCCCCCGAUGUUAAAAAUCAUGUUAAGGCAGUACGCUGUCAUACUUCUGCUUUAUCUGUUAAGACUGGCGAUACAGUAGAAGACUUACUAAGCUGCCUUAAAUUGCCAUACAUGACACUUUAUAAUUCGUUGAACACAAACUCUGGUACAGCACCGACAUUUGGGACCCUGGCUGACUACAGUCCUGAAUACAUUUCAUUGUUUCGUGAGUUAUCACAGCAAGGAGGAGCAAGACUUUUUGUGCCAACUGGAGCUAAUGAUGUUGUUAUCCCGGUAUUUGAUGAUGAACCGACUAGUAUUAUUGCUUACGCACUUGUUUCACCCAUGUACUACUUGCAAAUGUCAGUUGAGAACAGCAAAACUAAAGACAGUGCAGAUUCUUCACUUUCAUUGCCUGUAUACGAUUCAGGAAAUUUUAAUCCGUUUCUUUUAUUUGAGGAUUUUGGGUCCCCUGAUGAUUUAGCUUCAUCAAUAUCUGCUAGUAGAGGGUCCUUGGCUCCUGAUCUAGUGCACUCUAGAGUAUCUUUUGAAGAUGGUGGGCCACUUGGGAAAGUUAAAUACACUGUGACAUGCUAUUAUGCAAAAAGCUUUGAAGCACUCCGUAGGUCGUGUUGUCCAUCGGAGCUUGAUUUUGUAAGAUCUGUCAGUCGAUGCAAGAAAUGGGGGGCACAAGGUGGCAAAAGCAACGUGUUCUUUGCAAAAUCUCUGGAUGAUAGAUUUAUAAUAAAGCAGGUCACAAAGACAGAGCUUGAAUCAUUCCUUCAGUUUGGCCCAGAGUAUUUUAAAUAUUUGUCAGAGUCCAUAAGCACUGGAAGCCCUACAUGCCUAGCAAAGAUUCUGGGGAUCUAUCAGGUUACAAGCAAGCAUCUAAAAGGUGGCAAGGAAUCCAAAAUGGAUCUUCUCGUGAUGGAAAAUCUUUUAUUUGGACGGAAUAUUACGAGGCUUUAUGAUCUCAAGGGAUCUUCAAGGUCAAGGUAUAAUGCAGACUCCAGCAACAACAAGGUCCUUCUUGACCAGAACUUAAUUGAGGCAAUGCCAAAGUCCCCAAUUUUUGUUGGGAACAAGGCGAAGCGGCUUCUGGAAAGAGCUGUUUGGAAUGAUACUUCUUUUCUAGCAGGUAUUGAUGUAAUGGAUUAUUCCUUACUUGUGGGUGUUGACCAGGAGAAACAUGAACUGGUCCUGGGAAUAAUUGAUUUUAUGAGGCAGUAUACAUGGGACAAGCACCUUGAAACAUGGGUCAAAUCUUCUGGCAUUCUCGGUGGGCCUAAGAAUGCGGCUCCAACAGUAGUUUCACCAAUGCAGUACAAGAAGCGGUUUAGGAAAGCCAUGUCUGCUUAUUUCAUUGUGAUUCCUGAUCAAUGGAUGCCUGCAGUAAUCAACCCGGACAGAUCAUCCUCAGAUAUUUGCCAAGAUGAUUCUCAAAAUACUUCACAAGAGUAAUAUGAUAUCCUGUGCAAUACUGACGGACAGAGGGUGCCGGAUUUGGUCCUACUCCAAUCAUGAGAAGUACUGACCGACUGAUCUGGCGACCCAGGUGGCCUUGAAGUGAUCUUCAGUAUGAACCGUGUAUUCUCCUGUGCUUAUUUGCACAGGAUCUGAUUGCACUCGCUGAUUCCCAUCUCAAGAAUCAUAGCAUGUGUAUAUUCCUGCUACUGUAAUUAUGCAUUAGUCUUUUUUUCUCGCCUUUGUCUAUAUAUAGUACAUAUAUCAGUACAAGUGUUGUCCGGUCGUCGCUUCAAGGGUAGUUUUUAUGAACCGGGGCUCUGCGAAAUAAAAGCUGAGUUCAUGCUAUUGCGGUGAAAUAAAAGUUGAGUUCAUGCA